GGUAAAGUGUAGCCUGCCGGAACUUUCUUCCAUCUGACCUGGGACUGGUAACAGUUAUCCGGAAUCUCUGACCAUGAGAGAGUCAGUCAGAAGCUCACCUCCGCUUAGCGUUUUGGAGCUUCAGCAGCUUCUGGUUACGGGAAGAAGCAUCCUCAACCACGCGGAUGAAGUUUGGCCCAACCUGUACAUCGGAGAUCAGGACAUACCAGCAUUUCGGAGCAAGCUGGAGAGGCUGCGCAUCUCCCACAUCCUGAACUGUGCGCACAGCGAGCACCACAAUAAUGCGGAUUAUUAUAAGACGAUAGGCAUCACCUACCUCGGCAUCGAAGCACAAGACUCACCCACCUUCGACAUGAGCGUCUACUUCAUCCCUGCGGCCGACUUCAUCCACCAGGCCCUUAGUGGAGGAGGGAGAAUCCUGAUACAUUGUGCAUUGGGAGUUAGUUGCUCGGGCACGCUGGUCCUGGCUUAUCUGAUGAUCCGGGAGCACAUGACUCUGGUGGACGCCAUCAUGACUGUAAAAGACCGGCGCGGCAUCAUCCCCAACCGCGGCUUCCUGCGGCAGCUCACCGUGCUGGACACCAACCUCCGCUACGGCCGUAGAAUCUAA